AUGGUUGCCCACGUCGUUUCGCGGGACCCGAAUGUCUCGACAGCGCUACUGCGUGCCUCUAUCCUAAACAUCAAUGACACAGAAUAUUACCGACAGGUCAGUUGGCUAUACAACGGAUCUAGUAGACCUGUUCACGCACACAAUGAGCCUCCUGGCGUGGCUACGAAAUAUUUCGGAUUUGUGUCUGUGGAUCCAGGCAAUCCUCUGGACAGAAUGCGUAUUUGGUGUAUCACUGAGCGCGUUGAGUUGAACCUCACCUUUCAGUUGUCUGCUCCGGUCAUCUUGAAUGGAGGUACUGGGACAUUUCUGUUUGGCGAUGAGGCUACGUUUCAAUGGUCAAUGCCUGCUGGAAUCACCGAUGGCCAUUUUACUGUCAAUGAAAAGUUUCUCACCAUUGACUCCGCUCGUUCUUUAACAUGGUACGAUCGUCAACUCAUGUGGCCGACGAGUGGACCGUCGAAAUCGAACUGGACGUGGUUUGAAAUACACCUCGGCGAGCAGACAAUGUCUAUCUGGGCUUGGGAUACCGUUGAUGGACAGCGCCUCCGGUUUGCAACGGUCAGGGGUGAGCCGGGAAUACACCAAGUACUUGCCGUCACUGAGUUCACACCGUCAAGCCGCCAGUGGACUUCCCCCUGUUCUAAGGCUAGCUAUUCUCUUGAUUGGGUCGUGGCUCUGGCUGAUGGAACCACGCUGGAACUAUCCAGUGUUCGCGAUGACCAAGAGUUGUGCGACGAGGAAGGAACUAUUGCAACGUAUGAAGGAUACAUUAACGUAGCCGGCACCCGGGGUGGCCACCCUAUUUCCGCGUACGGGUUGGUUGAGAUAGUGCCAGCGGGAAUGAUAAAGAAGCCAAGUUGA